CAGCACCAGAGCAGAGACCCGCAGUUUGAAGGGAGUGUGAGCGCUGACCAGGAUACCGCCAAGGCUGACUGGGAUACCGCGAGCGCAGCCACGGAUACCGCGAGCGCAGGGGAAAAUGGUUAAACUGAGGGGGGCUCGCUGCAGAACUCGGGCACGGACGCUACAGCAUGGACUCUAAAUCCCUGGACAGCUGCGUCCAGAACGCCCUGGCGGCUCUGUACCCGCCGUUUGAGGCCACCGCCGCCACCGUGCUCUGCCAGGUGCUGGACGUGGUGGAGGGGACGUACCGCGGAGACGGCCUGCGCUACCUGAUCGACUUCCUGGUUCCGGCCAAGCACAUCCUGCAGUGCAUCCAGCAGGACGCCUGCUUCCCCUACAAUGGCUUCCUGUUCCGGCACGAGGGCUGGCCGCUGUGCGUGCGCGAGAAGGUCAUAGUCCAGCUGUGCCCUCUGGACCGGCGCGUGCUGCGGCCCGGGGACUUCUACCUGCAGGUGGCGCCGUGCCCCAGGAAGGGCCCGCGCGUGCUGCUGAAGAGCCUGUCGUGGGACGGGCGGGAUGUGGAGGAGCUGGAGGUGCCGGCGGUGAGCCACGCCUCCAUCUUCACCAUGGACUGGCUGGACCAGGUCAACCGGGAGCGCGCGGGCGCGGGCCUGGAGCGCUGCCUGCUGGCCGGAGACGGGCACGUCUUCCGCCUGCCCUGGGAGGACGUGGUGCGGCCCGAGUUCGUCGGCGAGGCCAAGGGCGGCGCGGAGCCGGGGGCCGGGGGGGCGGCGCGGGACGCCCGAGCCGAACCGCGGGACGGCGGCGGCGAGGAGGGGCGGAGCCUCGGGGACCGCGCGCGGUCGCAGACUGACUGCAGCGCCACCCGCGGGGGGGAGCCGGAGGGCGAGGCGGGGGACACUGACCCUGAGGGGGAGUACGUAGAGCUGCUGGACGUCGCCCUGCCACGCCUCUCCCCGCAGACGGGCUCCCUGACCCAGGCCGUCACCCUCAACCACAAAAACCACAGCAAGACGAGGACUAGCGAGCAGACGCUGGAGUCUGCCUUCAUAAACAGCACUUCUGCCCACACGCUUCACUCCGUUCUCAUAGAGGAUUCCGCUCCACGGACAGACUCUGACUGUCCGGUCAUCCUGACCCCCACACAGACUGAGGGCUUUGGGACAGGUGAAAGUUUGGGGAGCGUUUCUCACACGCCUGCAGUCAUCGGGUCAGAGAGCCUGCCGCCGGACGCCUCUGCCGCUCCUGCGGAUUUGAGAGAUCUGCCGGCGGGUCACGGGACGGGCCUGGCCGCUGCAGAGGGGGGCGAGGCGGUGCCGGGCGGGGCUGCGGACAGCACCAGGCUUUCACACGACCCCAGUGGUGGCAGCGGGCCGACGGGACUGGAGCCGCGCCCUGUGGAGGGCAGCGAGGGCCACGCCCAGGAAGAGUCCGUCCGGGCGUCCCUCUCCCCCGCCCCGAACCAAAGCCCCCCGCACACGGACCCUCCGUCCCAGGGGGACAGUCCCCUGUCUGACACGCACCCCGCUCUGCCUUCUGGGACGGCCCCCAGCCAAGCAGAGUCCGGCUCCCUCACUCACACAGGCUGCAGCUCCGAGACGGAACAACGUCAAGGUACAGCUGAGGGCUUAGAACAGCGUGAGGGUACAGGCGAAGGUGUAGAACAGUGUCUGGGUACAGGUGAGGGUUUAGAACAGCGUGAGGGUACAGGUGAAGGUGUAGAACAGUGUCUGGGUACAGGUGAGGGCUCAGAACAGCGUGAGGAUACAGCUAAGUGUUCAGAACAACGUGAGGGUACAGGUGAGGGUUCAGAACAGCAUGAGGUUGUAGAACAGCAUGAGGGUACACCUGAUGGUGUAGAACUGUGUCUGAGUACAGAUGAGGGUUUAGAACAGCAUGAGGGUGUAGAACAGCGUCUGGGUACAGCUGAGGGUGUAGAACAGCGUCUGGGUACAGCUGAGGGUGUAGAACAGUGUCUGGGUACAGGUGAAGGCUCAGAACAAUGUGAGGGUACAGGUAAGGAUUCAGAACAGUGUGAGGGUACAGGUGAGGUUUCAGAACAGUGUGAGGGUACAGGUGAGGUUUCAGAACAGUGUGAGGGUACAGGUGAGGGUUCAGAGCUGCGGCAUGGCGGGGGCGGGCUAGAGGAGGCCGCAGAGGGCGGGGCCCCAGCAGGGCAGAGAGAGGAAACACAAACAGCCAUGUCAGAGGCCACGCCCCAACACCUCUCCACUCAGGAGGACAGCUCAGCUGGUGGAGCAGGUGAGACAGGUGUAGAUUCAGAGGGAGGAGGUGUGGAGGAGGCCGCGGGAGGAGGCACAGAACAGGAGCAGGCAGCGGGAGGAGGCACAGAACAGAAGGAGGCAGAGGGCGGAGGUGCGGAUGAGGAGGCGGCAAAGGGAGGAGAUGCAGUGGAGGAGGUGACAGAGGGAGGAAGUGCGGAGCAGAAGGAGGCAGAGAGAGGAGGUGCUGAGAAGGAGGUAGAGGGAGGAGGUGCUGAACAGAAGGAGACAGAGGGAGUAGUUAUGGAGCAGGCAGAGGGAGGAGGUGUGGAGCAGGAGGCAGAGGGAGGCGCAGAGCUGGAGCAGGCAGAGGGAGGAGCUGCAGAGAAGGAGGAGACUGCAGGAGAGGGUACAGAGGGCCCAGGAGCAGCUCAGACAGGGGCGGAGUGUGUGACAUGCGUCACAGACAGCACACACAUCCCUGAGGACUGCGGUGCUCCUGCUGCUGAGUCAGGAGCGACACAUGGACCGGUGGUCCCGGCGGGAGGGGCCGGGGAGGGGGACGAGUCCGGCGGGCCGCCCGAACAGCACACAGGCGCUCCGCGGGACGGCCCGGGAGCGGAGGAGCAGCCGGAGGAUGGGGGUGUGAGUGAAACACACACGCAGAGCGCUCAGGACCAUGGACCAUCAGAGGGAGGAGAACAAACAGAACCUGAGGAGUCUCACCAGCCAGGCUCCAGUCAGGGGGAAGCGCAGGUCCUGAAGCCAGGCCAGGGGCCCUGUGCUCUGGGGAAGCCGGCCACUCCGGUGGGCGGCAGCGGGGAGGAGGCCGUCACCCUAAAGCAGCAGGACACGGUGUGUGUCUGUCCCGCCCUGCCCAAGGCCCAGCCGGUACUGCCCCAGGCCCAGCCAGUACUGCCCCAGGCCCAGCCGGUACUGCCCCAGGCCCAGCCAGUACUGCCCCAGGCCCAGCCAGUACUGCCCCAGGCCCACAGCAUGAACAGAGAGGUGCUCAGCUCCGGAGUGCUCUGUCUGCCCGGAACGCGGGACAAAGGCGGACGCGCCCUCGUGAUCGUGACGACCAGAAAUACGGCUUGGCUGAACCCGCGCUGCAACAGCGGCGAGCUCGCGCGCAUCCUGGAGUACUUCCACACCACGCUCCGGAAGGACGUGAGCUCCCUGGGGUUGACCGUCCUGGUGGACGCUCGCCGAUGCUCGCCCGUCCCCGCGCUCUUCAAGGCCUUCAACAUCCUGCAGGAGUCUGUGCCCGGCUGCAUCCACACCCUGCUGCUGCUGGCUGACAGAGACCUGGCCUUCCGCAUGGAGAAGCCCUCUGCCCUGCAGUUUGAGCUCCUGCCCUCUCUGAAGUCUCUGUACAAGCACGUGGACAGCGCCCAGCUGCCGGCCGAAUUCGAGGGCACCUUCCCCUUCUGCCACAGCAGCUGGAUCACGUUUCGGAUGAGGUUGGAGCAGCUGAGCAGCAGCUGCAAGGAUGCCGUCAGCCUGCUGAAGAGCACCGUCUCAAACCUGGAGACCUCCUCACUUCCUGCUACUGCUGAGGAGGCCCGGCUGCUGCUGGGCCGGUACCGGGACCUGAUGCACAGCGUCCUGCAGGACAGCGGGCUGGUGCGCCUGCAGCUGGAGGGCGGGGCCUCCCUGUCCCGCCUCCGGAAGGAGGAGUCGAGCGUCAGCCUCACCGAGGACUACAGGGAUGCCAUUGAGGAGGUCAGCGGACUCUACGACCAGGUGGACGAGCUGGUGCAUCGGCUGGUGACGCUGUCCAACAAGUGCACCCAGGAGCUGGAGUUCAUCGUGGAGUUCAAGGUCCUGGAGGAGGGCUUUAAGGAGGUGAGAGGCUGGAUCGAGGACGUUGGGGAGGGUCAGCUCAAGGCCCUGGGAGAUCUGGAGGAUUCGCUGGAGCAGCUGCGUGUGAAGCAGUCCCUCUUCCAGGACUUCUACUCCACUGCAUACGAGCGCUGUAAGACCGGGGAGGCCCUGCUGAAGAGGCUGGAGAGGUGGGAGGUGGACGUGUCGUCCGCGGAGCUGCAGGUGUACGAGGUGAAGGUGCGCUCCUUCUGCGUGCACCUGAGGGACUUCUCCCAGAGGGUGGAGGACGCCAAGAGCAGGAUCCACAAGACCGUCAGACUCUACGAGUUCUUCGACAAGGCGUACGAGUGGGCGCUGGAGGGCAUGCGCCACCUGGCCUGUGUCAGCAUGGAGGACUGCGUCGCGCCCGAGAAGUGCCACGCGGUGGCCAAGUGCCUGGAGGGAUACCGGCGGCAGCACCCGGAGAUCGCCGACGCCCGCUUCCAGGAGAUGAGCGCGCUGGCGGGGGAGCUGCGGAGCGAGCGGGGCCUGCGGCAGUGGAAGUUCGCCUGGUCCAAGUGCCAGGAGACCAAGCAGAUGUUCGAGAAGAAGCUGGAGGCGGCGCUGCGCACCCGCCGCUCGCUGCCGGGGGACGGCCCGGAGAAGGGCCGCCGCCACUCAGACGGCGCCGAGACGCUGCAGGGGCGCGGCGGCGGCGGCCUGGCCUUCGCCUGCCGGAAGGCCUUCGGGUCCCGGCCGGCCCUCUCCGCCGGGGACGCCGCCUCGCUCAAGGGCUCCACCCCCUCGCUCAAAGGCUCCACCCCCAGCCUGUCGGGCCGCUGCACCCCGCCGAGCUCGCAGCUGCUGUCCCGGAGCACCUCCGCCGAGGAGCCCCCUCAGAGGCCCCGCCUGGAGGCGCACGCCCGCGUCAGCUCCGCCCCCUUCUGCCCGGCGCUGUCGGCGGGCGAGGCCGGGCGCCGCGUGCUGCGCAAGACCCAGAGCUUCGACACGCCCCCCGCGCCCGCCCCCGCCGAGUCGCCGCGCUACGGCUCCUGCCAGCGCGCGGUGAGCGAGCCGGCCCGCCGCGGCAACACCGGAGUCUUCAUCAAGGGCCUGGAGGUGAGCAGCACGGAGGUGGCCGACCGGGCCUACGGCUCCCGCCUCCCCGCCGCCAGCUGGAGCCCCUCGGACGGCCUGCGGAACAGCACCCCCGUCCCAGAGCCCCGAGCCAAGGGCAGUAAGCUGCGUCACAUCGUGGACGAGAUGGUGACGACGGAGCGGGAGUACGUGCGCUCGCUGCGCUACAUCAUCGAGCACUACUUCCCCGAGAUGGAGCGGCCCGACCUGCCCCAGGACCUGCGGGGCAAGCGCAGCGUCAUCUUCGGCAACCUGGAGAAGCUGGUGGACUUCCACAGCCAGUACUUCCUGAAGGAGCUGGAGAGCUGCUGCAACCACCCGCUGCGCGUCAGCCACUGCUUCCUCCGACACAAAGACCAGUUUGGCCUGUAUGCCUUGUACAGCAAGAAUAAACCAAAGUCUGAUGCUCUGCUAGCCAGCCAUGGAAAUACCUUCUUCAGGAACAAGCAGCUGGAGCUGGAGGAUAAGAUGGACCUGGCGUCCUACCUGCUGAAGCCCAUCCAGCGCAUGAGCAAGUACGCGCUGCUGCUCAAGGACCUGAUCAAGGAGGUGAGCGAGGCGCAGGAGCAGGAGCUGGCCUGCCUGCGCGCCGCCGCCGAGAUGGUCAAGUUCCAGCUGCGCCACGGCAACGACCUGCUGGCCAUGGACGCCAUCCGCGACUGCGACGUGAACCUGAAGGAGCAGGGCCAGCUGGUCAGGCAGGACGAGUUCACCAUCUGGUUCGGGAGGAAGAGGUGCCAGCGACACGUCUUCCUGUUCGAGGACCUGGUGCUCUUCAGCAAGCCCAAGAGGAUCGAGGGGGGGCUGGACGUCUACAUCUACAAGCAUUCGUUUAAGACUGCAGACGUGGGGAUGACGGAGACGUCCGGCGAGAACGCUCAGCGCUUCGAGAUCUGGUUCCGGAGGAGAACCUCCAAAAACCAGACGUACGUCCUGCAGGCCGCCAGCACCGAGAUCAAGCACGCCUGGACUUCAGACAUCGCCCAGAUCCUCUGGCAGCAGGCCACCCGGAACAAAGAGCUGCGAAUGCAGGAAAUGGUGUCAAUGGGAGUGGGAAACAAGCCCUUCCUGGACAUAAAGCCCAGCGACGCUGCCAUCAACGACAGGGCCAUCGACUACAUCAUGAAGGGGAGAGGAGCCAGGACAAGGGCAUCGAUAGCCGUGUCUCUGUUCGACCACACCAACCCCUACAAGAGGACGGAGGGGAACUCGUCCGGCUCUGGGCCCCCCUCAGCGGCCGGGCCCUCCUCGACCUCCCUCCUGGGGCCCCUCAACCUGCACAUGUACAGCAACCAGCCCCUGAUGCCCGGGGCCGAGCGCUCCUUCAUCAGCCCCUGCAUCGAGGAGGACGAGAUGGAGCACGAGACCAGCAGCCAGCCCUCUAUGACUACGGAGAGCUCGGAGUCGUCGCACUGCAUGUCGGCCAGCGGGUCCAGCGGGUCGGACAGCGGCUGCGUCUCCAGCCACCUCCCGGAGGCGCUGUCCGAGGACCCGGGGUCGCCCUGCGAGCCGUCCUGUUACCCCAGCGUCAGCUCCCCCAUGGAGGGCAAGCCGUGCUUCAACAGCCAGUACAUUUCAGCGAAAGCAGGCCAAAUGCUAAGCCCAUCCACAGUAGUGUGAGCGUUCUUCCGCUGCUUUACGUUUAAAAGUCCAUAAGCUCUCGUCGACAGGUAUUGGCCACACGAGGACGAAAACUCUCCAAGCGUUUAUUUUUCCUCUUUUGACCGACGCAUCUCAUCUCAGACGAACACUGAAAGGGCUGGAGGGGAGCACUGCUAAAAAAAAAAAGCCACUUUUGAGCAUAGCUUUUGUAUGGUUUAAACAACCGUUUAAAUAUUCUUGUAUUUAUCUUUUUCCCCGUGCCAGUGUAGUAGUGCCCUGUACCAUGUUGAAAUUUGUAAAUAAUUAUUGUAAUAGUUUACAAUGCAGUUAUGAACUGUUUUUGUUGUCUUGUUGACCACUUUGCUGUAGACUGCAAUUAAAAUGGCAGAACUGUACCUUACUAUGAAAAGGUAUUUGUUAAACUGAAGGAGGAGUGCGAUCGUACUCUUCUAGGUUCGAAAGCAACUUGCUUUUUUUUUUUUUUUUUUUUUUUUUUUUUUUUUUUUUUUUUUUUUUACAAAGAAGGCAGAAUUUGCAUGACUCUUACGUUGUUAUUACAUAAGGUCUCUCUUUCUCGUUAAAUUGACCCGUGGUCAGACUUCCGUUGUUUUAUUUUGACGUUGUCACUCUGUGGCCACACAGCUGAAAAAGCCAACUUAUCCUAGUGCUUCCAUUGUGUGAUUGUACACGCCGGUUGGAUCCAGUUUAGGAUCCCCUUUGUUAAGCUCUGUCAGGUUGCGUGAGAGGCUGCAGCUCCAGCCCCCAUGUGACCACAGCUCCGCCCCUAACAGUAGGGAAACCCCUGGGAGUCAUGUGACCCCUCCCCAAAAAGGCUGUGAGUGUUCGAAUGCAAAAUCCACAAUUUAAGGAAUGCAUUUUUCAUACAUGUAUGCUGUAGUCAUUGACACUUCCUGUUUGUCUAUGUAUCGUAGAAUGCAGGGAAAGGACAUAUUGUGCUGUUCACAUUUAUUCAGCAAUGUGUACAACUGCCUGUGAAGUAUGAAGUGCCAAUAGCCAAACUGAUGCAUUUUGUGUAUUAAAAACAUGUUCCUUAUGUUUUUUGAAAUCUUAUGUGAAUCAUAUUACCUUUGCAAAAGGGACCAGAUCGAAUAAGGGGCAAGUGUUCGACUUUCAGUUUCUUAGUAAUGUUAAGACAGCAUUUAAAAACAUGCAAAAAAAAUGUACAUUAUUUUGUAAAUAUUUUUGCACCAGUGGUGCACUGUGGUUUUAGUUGGGAAUAACUUUAUACAUGUCUGUAUUAACCAACAAAGCAGGGAGUCACUGAAGUGCCAUUCUUAACGUGUAAAAACAUUGAUCUCCAUUCAUAGCUGGGGCAGCACGAUUGUACUCAAGUGACAGAUUUCUUAAUCCUAACAGGUUCUCAAGUAUUUAAUAAAGAUGAAUUUCUUUCAAUCUAAAAAAA